UUUUGUUUUUUAAACAAUUCCAAAGUGGGCAAAAUAGAUAGGAUACCAGAACAUGCCCUUUAGUUUUAUGUGUGAGACAAAGAAAAACGCUCUAGAGGCAUGAAUUGUAAGUUAAAGUGCAGUGAUUUUUUAUUUCUUCUUGCACCUCAGACCUAAGAGUUGGAUGUUUGCGUUGCCACAUUGCGUUUAAAUCCAGAAAAGUUAUGUUUUGGAGAGGCUGCAAAUGCUCGUAGGAACUACAUUCGUCGCUACAUUCCAAGAAAACAGAUCACUGCUGAGGUCAUCGUUCUCUCAACAGAUUAUUGGACGGAGGGACAGACAGAUAUCGUGGUCUGCGCAUGUCACUUUUACUGUCUUGCAAACAUUUCCAGUGACACCCUUGAUUUCAGCGUUGACUCUAAAUUGCGCAACAUCUGGAUUACAGCACAUUUUAAUAGUGUAAAGGAAUUCUUCAGGAUGGCGCGUCAUACCCGUGAGCACACGUGGAAACGGUAUUUUUCGAUAUUUCUUUUUCUAUCAGCCGUCAUGGAUGUGGGAUUCACCGUCACCCAUUAUUCUGUUCCCGAAGAAAUGGAGGAGGGUUCUGUCGUUGCGAAUUUAGCUACAGAUUUGGGGCUGGAUGUGAAGACCCUGAAUAAAAGAAAAAUGCGCAUUGAUGUUGUAUCCAAUAAAAAAUAUUUAGACAUCAAUAAGGAUACAGGGGAGCUGUUUGUUUUGGAGAGGAUCGACAGAGAGUUUCUCUGUCCGUGGAAAACCACCACAUCGUGUUUCCUUAAAUUAGAUGCUGCGAUUGAAAAUCCGAUACGGAUGUUUAAUAUCGAGAUAGAAAUUCUGGACAUUAAUGAUAACGCUCCUCAUUUUCGCCGCGGGACGAUGCAUUUGGACAUAUCUGAGUCCAGCCCCGUGGGAGAGAGAUUCUCUUUAAAUAAUGCCGUGGACCCAGAUGUUGGAACGAAUUCUGUGAAAAACUACCACCUCAGCUCCAGUGAACAUUUUGCGUUAGAGAUUCAAACCGGUAGAGACGGAACAAAGUUUGCUGAUUUGGUUCUGAAAAAGGCUUUGGACAGAGAGCAGCAGGCUGUUCAUAAUCUAAUACUGACAGCUGUGGAUGGAGGAGUCCCCACGCGCACAGGUACAGCCAGCAUCAUUGUGCGCGUGCUUGAUGUGAACGACAACGCCCCUUCAUUUGAUCCGGACAAAUAUGAUGUAGAUGUUAUGGAAAACUCCCCGAUUGGCAGUCUAGUGAUUAAACUGAAUGCAACAGAUUUAGAUGAAGGGUCAAACGCAGAGUUAGUGUAUUCAUACAGCCUGUAUACAUCAGAGAGAACACAGAAGAUGUUUAACCUGAAUCCAGAAAAUGGUGAAAUCAGAGUCAAAGAGAUGAUCAAUUAUGAAGAUUUUAAGAUUUAUGAAAUGGAGGUUAUUGCCAAUGAUAAAGGACCAAACUCCUUAUCUGGACAGUGUAAACUGACAAUACAGGUGACAGAUAUGAACGACAACCACCCAGAAAUUUCUAUUAAGUCAUUUCAGAGUCCAAUCAAAGAAAAUGAGCCUGUAGAUACAGUGAUCGCAGUGGUGAGUGUCAGUGAUAAGGACUCAGGUGAUAACGGGAUAGUUGAUCUAACUAUUCCUGAAAAUUUACCUUUUAAACUGAGGGAAUCCUCUGAUAACUAUUAUGAGUUAGUGGUUUCAGAACCAUUAGACCGUGAGAAGGUUCCAGAAUAUGACAUUACAUUCACUGUUACAGACAGAGGUUCUCCUCCUUUAUCUGAUAAUGAAACUAUGGCUUUAGAGCUGCUGGAUGUUAAUGAUAAUGUUCCACAGUUCCCUCAGUCAUUUUAUACUAUACGUGUAAUGGAGAAUAAUGCACCAGGAGCCUUGCUCAGUUCACUCACUGCGUUUGACCCUGACCUCCAUGAAAACCAGUAUCUAGUUUAUUUCAUCCUGGAGAAGGAGAUAGCCAACACCUCCAUGUCCAUGCUGUUCUCCAUCAACCCAGAGAACGGGAACCUUUACGCACUGAAAACCUUUGACUAUGAGAUUGAGAAGGAGUUUCUUUUCCACAUUGAGGCCAGAGACUCUGGUUCUCCUCCUCUCAGCAGUAACGUGACUGUCCACAUCAUCAUUGUGGAUCAGAACGACAAUGCUCCUGUUAUUGUGUCUCCGUGGCGAGCCCACGGCUCAGUGGUGGAGGAAAAGAUCCCCAGAUCCACCGAUAAAGGCUCCCUGGUUGCCAAGGUGAUAGCCUUGGACAUAGACUCAGUGCACAACUCUCGGAUUACCUACCAGUUUCUCCAGGUGACUGAUGCCAACCUGUUCAGUCUGGACCAAUACAACGGAGAGAUCCGGACCAUGAGGAUGUUCAGUUACAGAGAUCCACGCCACCAGCAGCUGGUGGUUGUUGCCAAGGACAAUGGACAGCCUGCUCUGUCCGCUACAGUCACCAUCAAGCUGUCCACAGUGGAGACUGCUGUGAAGGCCUACUCUGACAUGACUGAGGUGCCUCUAGAAUAUGACAUCUUCUCAGACCUCAACCUGUAUUUGGUCAUUGGUCUGGGCUCAGUGUCAUUUCUCCUGCUCAUCACCAUAUUGGUCACUAUUGUGCUCAAGUGUCAGAAACCCAAGGCCAGUAAAACAGCUCCUCCCUGCAGGAACAGUGUGAUCAGUGAGAGGAACUCCACCAUUGCAGACUCCACUCUGGUGUCCAACGAUGCCUACUGGUACAGUCUGUUUCUAGCAGAGACCAGGAAAGGAAAGCUGGUGGUUAGACAGCCUGUGCCAAAGGGCUCCAGAUACAUUGUGUCCAGUAUACCGAGAAGUACAGGAGUGACUGACACUAGUGACUCUGCAGCUUCUACUCUACAGUACCCUAAAUGAGGGAAGUCCACUCUGCAGCUGGAGGCAUCCACUACCAGCAGCAGCAGUUCUACAUAAGGCCAAACCUCCAGCUGUGUCCUGUACUUUUGAGAAGAGGAAUGCCUAACAGAGGAAAGGAGAAAUCCCUGCCAGUGAGCCCCCAGUGUUUAUCACGCUUAGAUUGGUCCUCGUCGCUCAUGUCGUGUAGUAAUCAUGAAGAACUACACAGGCUAAUUAAGGGCACCACUCUUCUCUCCAUCUUUUGUUCUUUAAGCACAUGAAAAGCCAAUCAACAAUGCCUCACCGUCUGUUCAAUAUGCAUGAUGAGACUGCAUGGCUUCAGUCACACCAACAUCUUUAAAACAUUCAAGAGGAGAUGCUUGUAAUGAUGAAGACCAAACAAAAUAUUGCACCAAGAUGUAUUUGAAGAAGCCAAAUGACAGACAAUUUGAGUGGACACUGGAAUGUUGAAAUGCCUUUAAGAGACUUUUCCCUCUCUAAAAAAAGAAACACAUGGUGGAUAUUACAUUUUUAACCUCUGUGCUUUGUCAUUC